GCCUGCGCUAUGGGCAUUAUAUGUUUCUAAUCUAGUCUACACUCUGAAUUUUGAAAUAUGAAUCUUCUAUGUCUGGCAAUAUCUAAAAUUCUUUGAAAAGAGUCAAGCUGUGAUCCUGAGAACCGGGUUCUCAGCUGCACUGCGCCAGCAUAUCUACCCCUCUCUUGUAUCCCUCCUGGGAUUGAGAAAUAUCUUGACGACUCUCACAUCACCUUCACUUUGUAUUCCUGUCUUCAUGACAACCUACCGUCCUUUGUUUGCACGGUAGCCUCAGGAGUUGGAGAUAUCAUUUUGCAUGAUUUUUUCCUUUCUAUGACCUUUCACUCACAUAGUGACACAGGACUUUGUUUCAUACCCUCUGCUCAGUCAGGAUUCUUGCACCUAUUUUUGGACAUUCAAUUUCUGCAUCGCGUCUCAACACCCACACAUGCUGGUAUAAUUACGAAAACCUUGUCGCCAUGGCUAACGAGAAGAAAAAGCGCCCGGCCAAGCGCAGUAUUGUACGCUGGGAUGAAAACCUGAACGAGUUGCUCCUCCUAUCCAUCCAAUCCGUUUGCAACAAGGAACAUGUUAAGAUUCCUUGGGCACAAGUGGCUGAGACUAUGGGAAACAAUAUAACCGAAGGAGCAGUGGUUCAACACCUUGCUAAAUUGCGCACUCUUCGUGUUAAAAUGGACAAGGCAGUACCUCCUCCUCUUCGUCGAGGAUGGACUGGUGCAAUAGCAUCGUCAUCUAAAUCAACCGACGCGUCGCUGGGCCAAGGCCAAGAGCAAGCCCAGAAGGAGAAGCCAAAAAGCCAGGCUAAGAAGCGUGCUCAUACUGAUGAGGAGUGUUUCCAAGAUAAGUCCGACCAUGAAGACUCGGACUGGGAGCCUUCACGCCACAGCAACAGUAGUAAAAAGAAGUGCAAGUCCUCUCAGAAAAAGUCCAUACUCACCCCACUGCGCAAUGGGCUUGUUGAUGCCGAGGGAAAACCAAAAUCCGAUGGCGAAGGUCAAAGUUCCGAUUCUGAGUUAGUUGCUGUAAAUGCACCAUUCCUGAAGUUCCUUGGAAGUGGUGAAGACGACGAGCGGGCUUCCAACGUGGUAAAUCCAGAAGAUGAAGCCAAGGUUGAAGAAAAGAAGUCCUAUAUUAUUACACUUAAGCCUGGCAAAAAGGCUCUUAGCAUGAUUUUACACAAAGGUAUUGGUGUCUAUCACGAGAGAGACCCGGAGAAAAGAUGGCAUCUGCCAGCUUCUGAUCCAAGGACUGGCACUUGGGGGUUUUCGAAGGACUAUUACGGGCCCGUUCUUACGGACUAUAGCAACUCACAGAACCCCGGCCUUCUUCGAGGAGAAUGGCCUCAAGAAGUGGUGAUACGACAAUACAGCGCGCCGCAGCAAGUUGCAUGGGCAGACGAAACACAUGAUCCAGAUCCAAGAAUCGUUCACCCUGCACACUGGCUCAACGACGAGCAUUGUGACCCUCAGUUGAAAUUUCAUCGCAAGCUUCGACCAUUGGAGCAAAACAAUUCUGCAGCGCGCGUCUUGGACCAAGAGCGCCCGGAGUACAAGGAAUACGUGGAAAAGCACAGGGAGCUACCCACCUAUUUCGACCCAAGUUGGAACACUGCGCCUACUCUUGGUGCGACAAAAAACUCUCAUGCUGCUGACUUUGAGGUUGCUCGCCCUCAGCUCGACGGAGACGAGAGUAAACCCGCGCUGAUUGACGAGAAAUGGACCAGCACUAUUGACCAGGAAGUCGAUGAUAGCCACGGUGAGAUCCCACCUGGCAGGAUCUUUGAUUUUGAACAAAUUUUCAACACUGAUGAUGCUAUCGACGAAGCAAAGGACCUCGUUUGGUGGCAAGAUUGA